UCAAAUACUGUAAAAUUGUAAAAUUUAAGUCCUUGGAAUACUUAGUAAAAAUGGAAAGUAAAGUAUUUUAUAUGGUUAUAUAAUAAUGUUUUUUUUUUGAAGAUAAAUCUCUUUUUUUACUUUAAAGAUACCAUUAGAAAAUGCAUUAAGACUAAUGCAACAACUGUGUUAAAGAGUAUCCAGAGUAUCGAGAGUAUCCAGCGUUAUUGCGAUGUCGAAAAGAAAGGAUGACCAAAAGAAGCGAAAGAGAAGUGUCAGGAGCAACGAGAUGGAAGAAGGUCAAAGAGAAAUUACUGCCGAAUUGGACUCAGAUAUUUUUAUAAAUAAAACAUUUUUAUUAUAUCGAUGUACACCUUUUUACAAAUUCGAGCACAUUAAAUUUACUCAAUAUGGAAAAGAAUUACACAAUUUCAUCACUGGUCAAAUGUUGAAUAGAAUUCCAUUGGUUUGCGAUAAUGGAGAGGAGAAUGAUUUUAUAUCGGAAGGGAAAGUUGUAGAAUUGUUCAUAUCAAAGAUAAAAUUAUCUAAUUGGAACGGUACAAAUGGUAUGCCAAUUGGAGUUGAGAUAAAGUUCAAACCGAAAGGACCAGCAAAGGAACAGAUAUUUCAUUUAAUAUUCUUACCAAGUAUUGUUAGUCGUGAUUUUGCGCCUGAAAAUUCGCCGUUUAAUCAUUAUCCUGUUAUUCUUAUAAAAGCUCCUCAAAGACUCGCAAACAUUGCAAUCGAAUGGUUUGAAACUCGAUUUGAUUGCAGGAUAUGCAGAUAUCGCCUAGAAUCGUCUCAUCUAAAAAAAUUCGUAGAAGAGUUGGCAAACAUAAGUUUUACUUGUGAUGAUUUCAUUCAAACAAAGCCAUUUGAGCUCACGUUUACAAUCCCAGAUAUUUCAGAGAUCAAAAAUAUAAAAUUACGAAUUUCUCUCGUUGAUAUCAAACGUCUUUACAAUAGGUCAAAAGAGCAAUCUGAUUCACAACAAUCAGGUAUUGCGGAAAGAAUUGAUGAGCAUUUCUUUGAAUGUUUACGAAUUAAGCUUUCUUCGUUGAUACUUUCUAAGAUUAGUAAUCAUGCGGCAUUAGUUGCUGGCGAGGGGAAAUUGCAGAUAUUCGCAGGACUAUUAUCCCCUAAGUUUACUGUAUCACUUUUAAAUCAGCUGGUCAUGUUUACACGAUAAUUUUGAUCCACGUGAUUUACGUUUCAUAUGCCAAUAGAUUAUCGUGUUUUAUUGUAAACAUAAACAGUUGUAACACCU